ACUGCUACUAUUACUACCACUACUACUACUACUACUACUACUACCACUACUACUACUGCUACUACUGCUACUAUUACUACUACCACUACUACUACUACUGCUACUACUGCUACUAUUACUACCACUACUACUACUACUACUGCUACUACUACCACUACUACUACUACUGCUACUACUACUACUACUACUGCUGCUGCUACUACUACUACUACUGCUACUACUACUACUACUGCUACUACUACUACUAA